CACACGUAUCUUCUCAAUGGGGAGUAGAAUAGGGAGGGAGGAAAGGAAGGAGAAAAUCUGAAACUCAAUUUUAAAAACAAAUGUAAAAAAUAGUUUUAUAUGUAACUGGUGGGAAAAAUAAAUGGGGAGGGGAGGGAGUAAAUAUAUAUUAACUCAAUUAUGAGGCAAUGAACUAAACUGGGGAUACACAAAGAAACAAUAAUUUUUGCCCUCAAAGAGUUUACAAGCUGAUGGAAAGGAUAACCUAUAAAUAUAUACAAACAAUCUAUAUAGAAGAUAACUGGGUAAUUCACAGAGGAAAGGCACUGAAAUUAAGAGGGGAUACGAAGAGCCUCCUGGAGAAGGUGGGACUUGAAGGAAGCAGGUCAGGAGAACAUGCUAAGCACGGGGGAUAGCCAGAGAGAACCACCACGGGUGAUUUCGGGGGUCUCGGUGACGGAACACCCAGAAGGCCGGGGUCGUGGAUGGCAGAACACGUGUAGGGGAGGAAGAAGGCUGGCAAGGCGGGAAGGGGUCGGGUCACGAGGCUUCGAAUGACGGAGCACUUCGUGUUUGCUCCUAGCAGCGACAGGAAGCCACGGGGGUUGAGUGGGGAGGUCACGUGACAAGACUUGCACUUUAGGAAAAUCGUUCCGGUGGACGAUGGACUGCACUGGGGAGGGACUGGAGGCAGUUUCUGCAGUAUUCAAGGUGUGGGAUGGCGAAUACAGAGACCGGGACGAGUUGAAACAGCAGCUAGGGGGUCAUUCAAGGCGGCGGGAAAUAAUAGCGCGACUCUCUUCCCUCCGCCCCGGGUACGGGCAGUCCCGAGUCGGAGGUCAUGGCGACGUCGUGGAAGCCUGUUCUGCAGCCCUGGAUCCGGGAUCUGCUCCUCGGACUGGAGCCUGGACAGAGCUCGGGGCCAGAGGGAAAGGGAGAGGGACUCGGGCAGCUGCUGGAGGUGAUUGAGGAAGCCGAGCCUGGAGGGAGCCUGGAGCUGCUUGGUGAAGAGGCCUCUGCCAUCCUGCUGGUGACCGACGGGACCCACAGUGUGCACUGCCUGGUGACCCCCGAGGCCCUGAGCAUGGCUGCCUGGGAGGAGAAGCACUUUGGUUUUAGGAGGGCAGUGGGCCGGCUGCUUCUGCUGCAGGACUUCCAGGUGUGUGUGCAGGAGGUGGCGGAGACUUCGCAGGUGAGCGGAGCGGGGCUGGGGCGCGGGCUGCUGAUUGCUGGGGGCGGGAAGGCUUCAGCUCUGCCUCCUCUUCCCUCGCAGGGGAGUGGCGAGUUCUGCCUAUGGGUGCACCGCUUCAUCCUGCUGCCCACGGAGCUCCCCAGGGAGGGGGUGACAAGCUGUAACUGGGACCCAGCUGUUCGAAGAAAACUUAAGGAAUAUAGAAAGCACCAUGAAAGGGAGAGGACCUCCCCUAACAUAGAUCGAAGUUCUUCGUUGUCCCAGUUGCUAGAAGAGAUGUGUGAAGACCGAAGGAGCUUGCUGAGCUGUCAGGCCCAAAGCUGCCUGGAGCUGGGGGGCUCCCAAGGGGGCUGUCUUCCCCUUACUCGAUGGGAAGCCUCUCGAAGGAAGGCCCGGGGAGAAGCUGUGUUUACUGUCUCAGGCCUGAGGCUGCAUAUUAGUGCAGAGGAGGAGGACACCCUUCAGAACCUGAGGGCAGUUUCUGAAAACAGCCCUGACUGUCAGAGUUUGGAGAGGACCCCACCGAACCCCUGGCAACUGCUCCCAGCCCUAUCCUUGACGCAAUCCUCUUCCUCCUCCUCUUCUUAUGUAGAAGCCCUGGACAGUUUGCCAUUCUCGGUGGAGGGAAGUCCAAGUCGGCUGAAGGAUAGCUUCAUCGCCAGUCAGGAACCCUCUGAGGAGAGCAGGGAGCCCAUCGACCUGUCCCCUCUGCUCUUUCAGGGCAGUGGGUCUCCUUGUAUCCAGACCACUUACUCCCAGGAUCCACCACUGGACCGGCUCCAUCCAACUCUUCCUUCUUCGUCCCAGGCAGCAAGCAGUCUCUCCAGGGAUGAGUGGGAAACCCCCAAGAUGGGUGGCUCCCAGCAGCCCUUUGAAGCCCUGACGAGGGCCAGGGGAAAGGGAAGGGGAAGAAAAGACAGACCAGGAAGCCGCAAGCCCAGCCUGGAGUUUGUGAGCAAGAGAGUCAAAAGCAUCAUCUGGGCCCCGGAGAGCAUUACUUCAGACGACUCCAGCCUAGGAGAAGACCCGGCCCCAGCCAGGGUCCCUCCAAAGACACAUCUGGAUGGCUCCCCGUUUCAGUACAAGUACCCGGAGUCUUGUGUCCAGCUCUGUUCCCAGGUUUUAGCGACCAGACUCUGCCCAUCGCUCCUGGACUGGGCCAGACAGGUGCUGAUGGAGACCGACCUGGUGGAGGUGGGAGAACUCUGACCUGCAGCAGAUGCUCGGCAUGCUGCCUUGGGGACCAGGGUUAAUAAAAAGAGCAGAACUGCA